UCACUUGGGUUUGGAGUUAGAUUUGGGGUUUUCUUUAGGAUGUCAUUUAAUAUAUACGUUUCUCCAUGUUUUUGUCUAUUUUUAAACCAUGGUCGCCUAGAGUUGGGGUUAGAAUUAGGGUUAGGAUGUAAUUUUAUGUAAAAAAAAAAAAGUUGUUCUAACCCAAACCCAAGCGACACACGUAUAAACUUCCUCCCCCUUCACACCGUCACGUCUUUAAAAACACAUUAAUGUUGCUAUUAAUCAUUAUCAUACACAUUUAAAUACUUUUCAGAAUGAUGCAUUCACAGGUGACCAUGACCCCGCCCCUCACACUGUUUCAAUGACCAACUUCAUCCUUUAAAACCAGCAUUAUGUGCUCAUAUAACCACUCACACACUAAACAGGACUCAAGAGCGCACUGUGCUUGUUGAUUUUAUUCAAACACAUUUGAUAAAUAGGCAGAAUGAGCAACAUUGCAAAGUUUCUUGCUAAAAGGCAGGAUAGAGAAGAAGGUAUUGGGACAAACAAGAAUGCGAUACCAUUUAACCAACAGGACUACCAGAGUCUAAAACGUGAAUGUUUGGAGAAAAAAACAUUGUUUUAUGAUCUAACCUUCCCUGCGGUUUCUGAGUCUCUGGGCUACAAUGAACUGGGACCGAAUUCCUCCAAGGUCCAAGGAGUGGUGUGGAAAAGACCAAAGGAGCUGUGUUCAAAACCCCAGUUUAUUGUGGAUGGUGCCAAGCGGACUGACAUCUGCCAAGGGGAAUUAGGUGACUGUUGGCUUCUGGCAGCCAUUGCGUCUCUGACACUAAAUACCAACAUUCUGGAACUUGUAGUCCCACCUGAUCAGAGCUUCAAGGACGGUUACGCCGGCAUCUUUCACUUUCGGUUCUGGCAGUAUGGUGAAUGGGUGGAUGUUGUCGUUGAUGAUCGUCUGCCUACCAGAUAUGGAGAGCUGCUAUUUGUUCAUUCGGCAGAGGGUUCAGAGUUCUGGAGCGCCCUGCUGGAGAAGGCCUAUGCAAAGCUCAACGGCUCGUAUGAAGCUCUGACUGGCGGAUUCACCACUGAAGGUUUUGAGGACUUUACGGGAGGUAUUGCUGAGAGCUAUGAAUUGAGUAAAGCCCCUCCAUAUCUGUUUAAGAUCAUUCAAAAAGCACUCUGGUUGGGCUCCCUGCUUGGCUGCUCCAUUAAUGCAAAUGCAAAUGAAUUGGAGGAAGAGACUAGCCUGAAGCUGGUGAAAAGACACGCAUACUCCCUUACUGGCGCAGAGGAGGUUCACUACAUUGGGCGCCCGGUGCAGCUGGUUCGUAUCAGGAACCCGUGGGGUGAGGUGGAGUGGACAGGCCGGUGGAGUGAUAAGUCCAACGAAUGGAAUAAUGUCCCACCAAAGGAGAAAGCUAAACUGAACUAUUCAGCUGAGGAUGGAGAAUUCUGGAUGGCAUAUUCAGACUUUGUGCAGAAUUUCUCAAUGCUGGAGAUUUGUAAUCUGACUCCAGACACUUUGACCAGUGACGAGGUGGGUCGCUGGAGCUACUGCCAGUUUGACGGCAACUGGAGACCGGGAUCCACCGCAGGAGGCUGCAGUAACAAUACAGAUACGUUCUGCUCAAACCCUCAGUUUGUGAUCAAGCUUGAAGAUGUUGAUGAUGACCCUUAUGAUGGAGAAGAUGGUUGCACUUUGCUAGUGGGAUUGAUGCAGAAAGAUAGGCGUAAAUAUAAACGCUAUGGAAGGGACCUGAAUUGGAUUGGAUUUGCCAUCUAUGAGGUUCCAGAUGUGUACAAGGGUCGCAGUAAUGUUCAUCUUGGCCCGGAUGUGCUGCUGCAAAAAGAAAUGGUUGCGGGGAUCAAGUCUUUCGCCAGCAUGCGAGAGAUAAGCGAGCGCUAUAAGUUGCCUCCUGGAGAAUAUGUCAUCAUUCCCUCCACUUAUGAGCCCAAUCUUCAGGGAAGUUUCAUACUGCGUGUGUUUACAGAGAAAGAAGCGGCCGUCAGCCCAAUGGAUGUAAAUAUCACUGCAAAUAUUACAAAGGAUUACAUAUCUGAGAGUGAUGUGGACCCAAGUUAUAAACAACUUUUUAUGAAGUUUGCUGGAAAUGACUCACAGCUGUCUGUGGUGGAGCUGCAGCAGAUGCUAAACAACUUUGUGUCUAAAAGAACUGAUAUAAAGACUAAUGGAUUCAGUAUGGAAACAUGUCGUCACAUUAUCAGCCUGCUAGAUAAAAAUGGCAGUGGCAAACUUGGCCUAGUGGAUUUUCAAACACUGUGGAUAAAGAUCCAGAGAUAUUUGGAUAUUUUUAAGAACCGCGACACAGACAAGUCAGGCACUAUGAGUUCCAAUGAGAUGAGAGAUGCACUAGAAAUAGCAGGGUUCCAGGUGAACGGUGAAAUUCUUCAGGUGAUAGUCUCACGUUAUGCCGACCAGCAGUAUGCCAUUGACUUUGAUAACUUUGUGAGCUGCCUGAUCCGUUUGGAGAUGUUCUUCGAAAUAUUUGAAUUGUUCAAUAAGAAGAAUACUGGGAAAAUCAAGCUGGAUAUCCUGCAGUGGCUUUGCUUGGCCCUCAAUUAAAAUCCACAAAUUUCCUGCAAAAGCAAGAUUGGGAAUUCCAAGGAGAAGGAUGGGUUGGCUAAUCUAAAUUCAAAUUGUCUUUGAAAUGCAAUUUGUUUAUGGUAAAGGAUUAAAAAAAAUCAAUUGUUUAUUGUCUGAGAGGUAAACUCAAGAGUACAAGCAUACAUUUGUGUUGCAUAUCAUUGAUCAUUUAUUAUUACAAUAUUUCAUUUAUUAUAAACUUUAUCAGGGCCGGCCCGAGGCAUAAGCGAACUAAGCGGCUGCUUGGGGCCCCGAAUCGUUUUUACAAUUAAAUAACUUAAACAAGUAAUAUAAAUGAAGGAAUGAAUGAAUGAAUACGAAUGAAUAAAUAAAUAAUUCAAGACAAGAAAAUUCUGAUUUCUCUGAUUGGUGGGAGGGGGCCCCCCAAACAAAUUCUGCUUAGGGCCCCCAAGAGACUCGGGCCGGCACUGAACUUUAUUUUCUUACUCAUAUUUGUAUUGGUAACACUUGGCAUAAGGGUUGUAUUUGUUAACAUUAGUAAAUGCAUUAGCUAACGUGAACUAACAGUAAACAAUAUAGUUUUUCGGCAUGUAUUAAUCUUUUUAAUGUUGUUCAUGCACACUGUAUGCAAACCGCCGCGUACACAUAAAAAGCAUUUACCAAGUUUUAUAUAAUCAUUUUAGCAUUUAUUAUUAUUCUCAUUUUUCAUUGUUGUUUAAUCUUAUGUCAGGUGCUUCACAAGUACAGAUAAGGGAAUGUCCCCGUUUUUUCAGUAGCAGCUGUAUUUCCUUGAGAUUGAAACACCUGGCUGUUGAAUCUGUUUGUAUUCAGAUAAAGUUUGAGAAUGCAACUACCUGUAAGAUUAUUCAAUAAACUCUGCUUAUUUUAUUCUAUCAUCAUUUUGUCUCCUGCCUGCUGUUCUUCUCCUUCAUCUUUCUAAUUGCCAAUGAUACAUAAACGUGUUAUUUAUUGAAAGUUGUACAUUUUACUUUUAAAACAGUAAGUUUACA